AUGCGUUUGAAGAGUUUUAUGUAUAACACUGCUGAAGACUUGGAAAUUCUGAACUACUUCCGUGUUAAGCAUAGGAAAGUGAAGCAUAUUCAACCUAUUGAGUGUUUUUGGUACCCUCCAAAUAGAGAUGAACUUCUUUUGUGUUGUGAUGGUGCUGCGAAAUGGAAUCCGGGGAUUGCUGGGGCUGGAGUUGUAGCCCGAGAUCAUGACAGCAACUUCAUUGGUGCUAUGAGCAUUGGUCUAGGUUGCACAAAUAAUUUCUUGGCUGAGUUAUAUGGUGUGAUUAUGGGUUUGGAAUGGGCCCAAAAGUGGGAGAUUAGAAAGGUGUUGGUGCGCUCAGAUUCAAUUGGAGCUAUUAUGGCUUUCUCUCAUAAUAAUAUUCCAUGGUUUGCAAAGCAGCGUUGGAGAAGUAUUCAGGAGACUAUGACUCUAUUAGAUUUAUGCACACAUACCGUGAAGCAAAUUUUGCAGCAGACUCUAUGGCAAAAAGAGGAUGUUUACUUGGUAAUGGUGAAGGAUGAACUAUGA